ACCUUGGUGAUAGUUAAUGCCGUAGCAGUACUUCUACGAGCAACUCGGCACUCUAUUAGUGAAAUUCAUACCAGUAAUAUUAUAAAUAUUGCCUCCCCCGCCACUACUGCUACUACGAUAAGUGAUGCUGCUCCCACCCCCGGCGUCACCUCUGCCAUCCGGACGGACAUCGUGGGACGUCUACCCUGUUUGCUGCAUGGUAUCAAUGAUCGUCUGAUGGGCCUCCGCCUGCCCCUAUUGACUGGCAAUUUCGCAUUGUCGCAAGCACCUACGCCUACGCGAUAUCAGCUCCGAGGAGACAAAGAACAAGUUCUACGAGGACGUGCAUGCCCCCUGUCGACUGUGCCAAAGGUGGACAAGUUGAUUGUCCCUUGUGACUUCAACGCUCGCUUAAGCACAGACCACCUUGCCUGGAGAAUAGUGCUGGGUCCGCACGCUCUCCACGGUUUCAGUGACAAUGGUCUGCUCCUCCUUCGAACUUGCGCAGAGCACGGCUUUAUCCUGACCAACCCCCUAUUUCCGCCUUCGGCUGCGGCACAAGGUGACCUGGAUGCAUCUCCGAUCUCAGCACUGGCACCUCGUCGACUAUAUCUUCAUCCGAUGGCGUGA